AUGAGAGAAUCAAACUUUUCUUUUCCUUCACAAAACCGUGCUUCUGUUUGUAUUACAUCUGCUCUAUAUGACCGUAGAGCUCUCGACUGCACGGCCAUCUUACCUCUAAUCAAUUCCCUUACACAUCUUACCUAUUUAACGAGUACUUCCCCACGCAUCCGAGAGAUUCUUACGAUGGACGGCGGACUAGAACGCUUGGUUCGUAUAUUGAAAACUACUAAAGUUAAUGAUAAAAGAAGUGCUUUAGAAAAUGGUAACGCGUCGAAUCUUAUUCAGAUGUCUGAUGAAUCUGAACAACCUCUAACAUCUUAUCCUCACUCACCUAAUUCAACAUCCAUUUUUCCUUCUGAUUAUCAAACUGACGAUUCUGACAUCUCUCAUGUUGGUUCAUCAAAUAUGCAAUCUGUGAUUUCAACAGCUGCCGCAUCCACGAAUAGGUUUUUAGCAAAUGUUACGACAACUUAUGAUAUAAGAUCGUCUGAUGAUGCAAGAUCAGAUGUGGCAUCUUGGGGUUCGGUUGCAGAUAAUGAAGAAGCUGUUUUAACCACAACAGUACCACAGUUACCAUCAGCAAUGACUGGUACAAAUGGUACAAACAUAACUCCAAGCAUACGAACAACUCCGACACCCAACAAUACACCACCAACUAAUCCGACUACUCAAUCAACUUUAGAAAUUGACGUCCUUUAUCGUGAAGAAGAUAUUCUCUUAUCUCUUCAAUUGCUAGCCUAUCUUUCAAAGUAUCCUCAUUUACGCGCUACAUUCCACAAUGCUUAUCCACCUCAUAAUGUAUUUUCUCUUGUGGAAAAAUUCACUCAUCGUCUUCAUCCUGGUGAAAUUCAAUAUUGGGCUGGUGUUAUUAUGCGCAAUGCCUGUCGUAAAGAUGAAGAACGUGGCGGAAUUCGUCAGUGUGCUUAUAUGGCUUGUGGCAAGUGGGAGAGUUUUCCAAGAGAAUUUGCAAAAUGUCGGAGGUGUCGUAAGGCUAAAUAUUGUUCUAAGGCCUGUCAGUCAAAAGCAUGGAGUGAAGGACAUCGAUGGUGGUGUAUGGAACGACACAGUCACGGUGAUUCUGAUAGCACAACUUCUAAUGGUCAAACAACAUCUACCGCUAGCACAUCUUCGGGACUAAAUGUGCAUCGUUCCCGCUCAACAAAUUUCGUUCAUUCUACAGAUAACAUAGCGAGAUCAACAAAUCGUGAAGCAACGCCAACGACGGUAACGGCUGGUGCAGGUUCCGAAUCUGGAUCUGUUUUAGUAUCGUAA